CCAGCCCCAGGCACGUUGGGGUUAGCCCAGCUUUGGGGUGGCCGCGCUGCGCUGCAAGAGCUAAAGAACGGCCCCAGGGGCCUUUCCCUGCUGCCAAGAAGCAAACUCGCGUUCGCCCCACCAACGUGGCCUCAGUUGCACUGAAAACUCCCGUGUGCCAGUCCCACAGAAGCUGGAGGUGGAGCGAUACCCCAGGCUGGCCAUCUCUUCCUGCAUUCACGCUGCCUGUGAGCGUCUUUCCUGGGCCUACACUGGCAGGGCCCUUCCAGACGGUUACACGCACAGGUGGAUUCCUCAGCAGGGUGGCAAUUGCCCUUGUUACUUCUAGGACUUUCCCCAGCACACGUUUUAAGGCGCUGCUGGUAUUUACAUGUGCAGAACAUACAAACGCUGCCCUACACGGCCUGCCGUCUUCUAGCUGAGUCUGCUGUGCUGGACAUCCUCCUCUCCACCCGGAACACUGCUCCUGUCCGUUGAUUUCUCAGUUAUCGCCUGCAAAAACCCAGGAGUUUUCAGGUGCCUACGUCGCUACUGGAAUGGAACCGUGGUUAAAGCUGCCCCCCCUGCCAAGCGGCCCCAUUGGCUGAUGACGGGCACAGCCCACGGGAAGCUACUUCUGCGAGCCCUCGCCAUGGAAACUCGGACUCUGUUUCGGAGCAGCGAGGAGGAGCAGAAGGAGGAGAGACAGCGCAACUUGCAGAUGACGUCCGCCACGAGAAAGGCAAAGUUCAGGUCCAGUGAGGAGGAAGAGUCCUUCACCGCUUCAGAAUUCUCCAUAGCAGCUGCCCUGGCCUUGACCUCAGAACUCUCAUGGGAAUCCAAGCUGAGAAGAGAAGCCACCACCGUAGAGCUGGAGGAGCGGGGCCAGAAGCGAGUUCGGUUUGGGAACGAAAUGGAAAGGCUGGAGGAGGCCGUCAUUAGGAACUGCAGGCUCCUGCGGGUGAAGGCCAAUCGGAAGACCUUGCGCAAGGAGGCUCUGCAGAAGGCCCGCCGGCAGAAGGAGUACAUCGAGCUGCUUUCGAGCCGGCCUCCCAUGAUCUGGAUCCCGCUCAGAGCUCAUGCUGUCUGGACGAGAAUGGGGGUGAAACUCACAUGUACCAUCCUGGCUUCCCCUCCACCACAGGUCACCUGGUAUAAAAAUGGAGUCCGCAUUGAUCCCCGACUGGCUGCAGCUGGGAAGUACAGGAUGCGGAACGAGUUUGGCAUGCUCACCCUAGACAUCAAUAGAUGCUCCUUGGAAGACUCUGCUGAAUACAGCGUUGAAGUAAAAAAUCUGUAUGGUGAGGCCUAUUCAUUUGCUACCGUGCUUGUCCAGAAAUAUUAUGAGAAGGAGUCAGGAUUCGAUUCAGAAAUAUACAAGAGGUUGCUCAUCAGCCAGGAGGCAGAUUUUGCCUUUUCACUGAAACCGCUGUUCUCCAGGGAAAAGGAACCUUUCACUCUCUCGUCCUUCUUUUCUUCUGAUCUACUGCCACACCAGCGCGAUGUCACCUGGCUCAGAGACGGCGAGUUUCUGAAGGAUUCCGAUCGCCAGCAAAUGACGUGUCUGGAUCGUGAGGCUUCUCUGACCGUGUCGUGUGCUCACAAGGAAGAUGAGGGAUUCUACACUGUCCGUGUCCCUACGCUGGAUGGGUACCACGAACAGUCUGCUUACGUGUUUGUUAGAGAUGCUGCGGCAGCAACCGCCGGUGCACCUGGUUCCCCGCUCAAUGUGAAGUGCCAUGAUGUAAAUAAAGAUUGCCUGCUCCUCUCCUGGGUAGCGCCCAGCGAUAGUGGAGCAAGUCCGGUCUGUGGUUAUCUUAUCGAAAGGCGCGAGGCGGGCACAGACGAGUGGGAGCCAUGCAACGAAAUGCCCGUGAAGACCUGCAGGUGCCCUGUUUUGUGCCUCAUGGAGGGGAAGACGUACCAGUUCCGGGUGAAGGCCGUCAACCACUCAGGCAUCAGUAACCCUUCCAAGGCCAGCGACCCAGUCACAAUGAAAGACCCCAAUGAGGAAAAAAGAGUGAUGACUAUCCCUUAUGAUGACGGAAAGAAGAUUACAGUUUCCAAAGAUGAACUGGAAGGCACGAUUAAAAUUCCUUUGCCUCCUACCAAUGUUCACGCGAGUGAGAUCAAAGAAGACUACGUGGUCCUUGCCUGGGAUGAACCAGAUCCCCGGGGCAAGGAGCCACUGAGUUACUAUGUGGAAAAGUCCCUGGCAGGCAGCAACAGCUGGCAAAACGUCAAUCUGGAGACGGCCGUGAAUUCCCCGCGAUUUGCGCUGUUUGAUCUUGUGAAAGGAAAACCGUACUGUUUCCGAGUGCGCUGUGCCAACAAGUACGGAGUGAGCGAGCCAUCCUUGCCCAGUGAGCCCAUUGCUGCUGGUACAAAAUUAGCUCCCCUCCCACCUCCCUCCCAGGUUCUAGCUUUCAGAGAUACCAAGACGUCUGUGGUUGUGCACUGGGAUAAAUUGAAGGACAGUCAGGAGCCCCUCGGCUACUACAUAUAUUGUCGCGAGGUGGGGACAGACGAAUGGCAGACUGUCAACAAUAAACCCGUGACAUGUAACAAAUUUACUGUCCCCGGGCUCCAGCCUGGAAAGGAGUAUGUAUUUUGUGUGAAAACUAUCAAUGAAGCAGGAGUGAGUGACAGCUCACCAGAGUCCAACCCCAUCCUCGUGAGGCCGGCUGUUGCUUGUCCGUCAGCCCCACGGGACUUUGCCCUGCUGAGCUGUGGGAAGAGCGACAUGACUAUUGGAUGGAAAGCCCCAAAGCGCAAAGGAGGGUGUAAGAUUCUGGGCUACUUCCUGGAUCAGCACAAUGCAGCUGAGCUAGACUGGCAUGAAGUCAACGUCAGGCCAAUUGCCCAGCGAGUUCACAAGGUUGCCAACCUUCAGGAAGGACAAUUCUAUGAGUUCCGUGCUUGCGCGAUGAACAUGGUGGGAGUUGGGAAAGUCUCUGACCCCAGCGACUUGUUCAAGUGCGAGGAAUGGACCAUGCCACAGCCAGGCCCCCCGUACGACGUGAGGUGCACCGAGGUGCGGGAUGCAACCCUGAUGCUGCACUGGGAAGCGCCCCUAUACACUGGAGCAGGUCCACUCACGGGAUAUUACAUAGAUGUCUGUGAGGAGGGGUCAGAGGCAUGGAAGCAAUUAAAUGAGCAGCCAACAGCCAGCACCCACAUGAGGGUUUCUGACCUGGAGACGGGGAAAUGCUACAUUUUCCAAGUACGAGCAUUCAACAAAGCAGGGAUUGGUCCACCUUCCAUCCCCUCAGAUCCUGUGGUGGUUGAAACCAAAGCAGGAACAAAUGAAAUUGAACUCGGGGUAGACAAAGAAGGCUUCAUUUACAUGGCUUUUGAAACUCCUGAUAUGUGUGACUCUUCAGAGUUUACCUGGUCAAAGGAUUAUGAGGGGCCUCCAGAUCCUGACAGAGUCAAAACUGAAGAUAAAGGCAACAAAUCGAAGCUCAUGCUGAAAAAUGCAUCUGAAAAGGAUCUGGGGACAUACUCUGUGGAGGUAACUGACGUAGAUGAUGAGAUCUCUGCCAGCCACACUUUAACCCAGGAAGAACUGGACAAUUUGCGGAAAAUUAGUCAUGAAAUCAGAAACCCAUUGAUCGAGCUGAUCUCCGGGUGGAACGUUGAUGUCCUCGACAAAGGAGAAGUGCGUCUGUGGCUGGAGGUGGAACAACUGUCGCCAGAGGCAGAGCUGCAUUUAAUCUUCAAUGGGAAGGAGCUUUCGAGCACUCCGACACAUAAGAUCAACUUUGAUAGAGCAAAGGGCCUCAUAGAACUCAUAAUCCUGGACUUCUGUGAUGAUGACAAGGGGACGUACACAGCCCAGGUGCAAGAUGGAAAAGCUAAAAACCAGUUCACUCUGUCUCUCAUUGAUGACAUCUUUAAUAAGGUUGAGGCGGAGGCUGCUGCUAAGCGGAGAGAAUGGAGGCGAAUGCAGGGUCCUCAUUUUAUAGAGAAUUUGCAGUGGAAAGUUACUGAGGAGUGUGAAGUUCUGCUGACUUGCAAGGCAACAAACAUGAAAAAGGAUACCAACUUUAAAUGGUUUUUGGAUAAAAAAGAACAUUUGGACGGUCUGUCUGAUCCGCAGACUGGGGCUGGAACUCUUCGGAUUAAAAAGCUUACCAAGGAAGAUAAAGGAAUAUACAAAGCAGUUGUUUCUGACGACCGAGGAGAAGACACUACUGAACUUGAUCUCACUAAAGAAGGGUUUGAAGAUAUUCUCAAAGAGCUCUGCAGGAUUAGUGCCCUUUCUGCUAAGCCUCUGAAAGUCCAACCAACGGAAGAAGGCAUCAGAAUCCACAGUGAGGUGAAAUACUACACAGACUGCAUGAAAACAACCUGGUACCACAAGGAGAAGCGACUAGAAAGUGGUGAAAGGCUGAAAAGUGGGACUACAGUGGACCAGAUCUGGCUCCACAUAUUGAACCCUACAGACUCAGAUAAGGGAAAAUAUACCCUGGAAAUAUUCGAUGGAAAAGACUUGCACAAACUAUCAACAGACUUGUCUGGGAAAGCUUUUGAAGAAGCAGUGGCGGAACACCUGAGGCUAAAGGAAGCAAUGGUAGCAGAAAAGAAUCGUGCCAGAGUUGUUCAAGGUCUGCCAGAUGUUGCUACCAUCAUGGAGGACAAGACCCUGUGUUUGACAUGCUGCAUAUCUGGUGAUCCUUACCCAGAAAUCACUUGGUUCAAGAACGAGAAGGUGGUCAUCUUUAAAGAUCGUUACAAAAUGGAAGUGAAGGGGAUAGUUGUCACAAUUACCAUUGAGAGAGUCUGCAGUGAUGACACAGGAAAAUACAGCAUCUUUGUCAAGAACAAAUAUGGCUGUGAAACGGGACAGGUUACUAUCAGCGUGUACAAGCAUGGAGAGGAACCAGUCGAGCUGUGGGAAAAGUGAUUUUCAACACACUAAAAAAUCCAGGCUGGGAUUUCCAAAGAGGCCUAAAGGAAUUAGGCACCAAACUCCCAGUGAAUUUCAAAGGAAUUUUUCACUUGGGUUCAUUUGACAAUCCCAGCCCUAAGAUGCAAACUAGUAUCUCUGUUUUUAUUAUUUACAUAUAAAAUAAAGUUUUCUAAGUGAUUUAUAGUAUGUCACUAUGCCCCUCUUAAAAGUACUAAUAGAAAUCUGCAGAAUAUCUUCAAAAUCCCACUGCAACUCCAAGGAUUAGACAAACACUCCAUAAAGUCUAUGGCUACGUCUACACUGGCACCCUUUUCCAGAAAUGCUUAAAACGGAACAGUUUUCCG